AAUGUAGGCACCUGCCAAAGUGAAAACCUUUUUAGGACGGUUUCCUGCUACCACAUUCAAGUCAUGACCCUGUGUUUGCAAUAGUAGCUAAGUCCUGUCUAGAGCUCUGGGGGAACAGAUUUGGCAUUUGUAUGUGGCAUGUGACGUAUACUGAAAGGCCAGUUUAGACACAGUGGCUUUUAACCCAACAUAAGCUGGCUGAGCAAGACCAAGACCCCUAGACUUUUCCUGGGCUGCACUGUCAUGUCUGGAAGGUGAUGCAUCUGACCUGCUGUAAACCUUUAGAAGGUAUAAGAAGGUAUAUUCUGAUUUAACAUCUUUAAGUCCUAAUCUAAAGAAAUCUGAAUACAACCUGCAUAAGGCAGGCCUAACUCCAGUGGGUUCUAGUGCAAUACGUGCUUCAGGGUGCAUCAUCUCAGUGCCACAUCUUCUUUCCCUCAUUUCCUCAGGCUUUAUUGAGUCCUGGUCUCUAGUGCAGGUAUUUGUUUGAUGUUCAAAUACCACUGACGGCUUACUGUGAAACACACUGUGUUUUAGCUGCUGCUCCCAUGAUGUGUGAAGCGGGACUGAUCGCACCGGAGCCCUCUGGCCCCAUGCAGUGCUAUGGUGAAUCGUCUGACACCUACUACCAUGUGGACCGCUGGCAGAGGCUGCGCACUGCUGUCAGGAAGCUGGAGUUCUGGGAAAACUUCAACGCCGAGCUGAUAGGCAGUGGCUUCUUCUCCAAGGUCUACAAGGUGACCCAGGCUGCUGCUUCUAAAGUGAUGGUGGUGAAGAUCUACAAGAAUGAUGUGGAUCAAGAAGUGAUUGUACGUGAGAUCAGCCUGCUGCAGAAGCUGUCCCACCCCAACAUUGUCAGGUACCUAGGGAUAUGCGUGAAGGAUGAAAAGCUGUACCCAAUUCUGGAGUAUGUGAAUGGGGGUUGCCUGGAGGAGCUCCUGGCCUGCAAAGACAUUGCUUUGACAUGGAAGGAAAAAGUGGACUUAGCUUCUGAUAUCACCAGAGGCAUGAUCUACCUGCACUCCAAGAACAUCUACCACCGAGAUCUCAACUCCAAGGUGGAUGUGUUUUCCUUUGGCAUUGUCCUCUGUGAAAUCCUGGGCAGGAUCCCAGCUGACCCUGAAGUGCUUCCCAGGACUCAGGAUUACGGCUUGGAUGUUGCUGCCUUCCAGGGGAUGAUCAGUGAAUGUCCCAAGCAGGUGAUGGACCUUGCUGCUAGAUGCUGUUGGGUGGAAGCAUUUAAGAGACCAUCAUUCUCCGAAAUCCUGGAUGAGUUGGAGGAUGUCAUGGAGAGCCUGGAACCUAGGAGGGACAAUCUGCUUUUGGGCUGAGCUGCAUGCCUCCUGUGAAGCUUGGCAAAGAAUUGCCCAAACUGUAAAUUAACUGCCUGGGGGGGUCAGGAGUGAAGAAGAAAGGUGGGAAAGGGCAGAGCUAAGAGAUGUGCUGGAAUUUAUUUAAUCACAGACUUGGUCUCUAAUUUUUUGGAUGGAAAACAGGGUUAAAAAUGGAGAAGGGACUUACCAAGGGUAUAUUUUUCCUAGCUAAAUUUUUUAACACGUGUAAUUAGGACACAAAGCAGCCUUUGUCUGUUUGCUUGUUAAAACCAAAUGAUCCUGGAGGACCCUGAAUUCCCUUAAGGAUGCUUUCCGAUCCAUGAUAGAAACAUUAACCUCUCCUGCUUCCCUGUGGCCCCUGGACCCAGGGCCUUCCCCUUCUUCAUCUGCAAGGCCUUGGAGGGCUGGGGUCUGGCCACGAGAAGUAGAGGGGCUUUGGGGUGCUUAGUUAGGCUUGGAGUCACCUUGUAUUUCGAAGCUUUAAAGCACCCAUCCAGCAGCUUUGCAGGACAGGUAUGCUCUGUAAGGUCUCUGCCUGGGUCAGGGCUCACCUAGGCAUGGAGGCUCUGGGCAAGGCUUUGGAGAGUCAGACAAGGCCACUCAUGGGGUGCCAACCUGUGGCAGCCAAAGCAAUGGGGAGGGUGUGCCUUAAUAAGGUACCAACUAACAUUCCUCUCAGAAAAGCUUUGUCAGACACAGCAGCCUAGAUUUCUCCCAGCUGCCCUUGACUGGGGCUCAAGGAUGGAGGCUUCUGCCUCCCUCCUUCUUGUCCCAUUGCAAAGAGCAAAUUGCCAACAGCUUGUGAGGUGAAAUCAGGGAGAGCUGGAUCCAGCACCACUCAGCAUCUCACUAAUUUCUCUGCCUCCUUGGCAAUGUGGGACACCCUCACAGGCACCAGGGCUCAGGCAGCCAGGAAAGGACUUCAUUUUGAUACCAUGUUUUCUUCUAUGGGCCAGAGGAUGGUGCUGGGGCUGUGAACCCCAACCAGAGGUGGAAAGAGUAACAGCUAGAAAUGGUCUGAUGUUGCAAAUUAAGAAAAGGGGGUGAGCAAUCGAGUUCCUGCCUCCAGGUCAGCUGAUUGCUGGGCCAUUGGUCUGAAAGACAUGUUCUGCUAGGAUCAAAAUGUUUGUGGGUGUAAACAGGUCUAAUGUCUGUCUAGUGAUGGAGCUGUGGCUUUGUUCUUGUAGACUGUAAGCCCUUGGAGCAAGGAUCAUUCAUCUGUCUACCAAAAUGUACUUGUACAGUAUGUAGCCAAUUGGGCCUUCUUCCAGCAUGGGGGCCUUCCAUGCCUGGGGGCCUCAUCUCAAGCUCUUGGAGCUCGAUUUAGUGUCAUGUAUAUCUAACAUCUCUGUGCCAUGGUGCCUGCACAAGGGAGUGUCAGUGGUGUGCUGGGACAGAGACUUGGUGGAGGAGCAUGGUGCGUUUUUAACAGGGAUCAUAAGGAAUUGUAAGCUGUCAGGAAACACACUGAGUGGCACCAGGGUCACCACAUCAGCCAGGGGGCUCUUGGAGGCAUCUGCAGCUCCUCAUUCCCCAAAGGUGCCAUUGUGCUUUUGUGGGAUACUGACUUACUUGCACAAGAAACCUCCUGCUCAGCACUAAACUGCCCAGCAGAUACCUUCAUCUCAGCUGGAUACUGUCAGUGUCAGGGAAGCAAAGCCUUGAGAAGUAGAAGACUGAAAAUAACAGAUGCUUUUCAACCUGGAGGAGAGAGCCACUCUGAAUCACACCAGUUUGGUGACUUCACAUCAGUGGAAUGAAAUGGACUGCAGCAUCAGUGCAGACUGCACUGAUAUGUAUGUGUGUCUUCAGUGAGAGGUAGUGACCACCAGCAUCACUGCAAUGUGUUGGACGAGAGUCACAGAAUGUAUAUUUGGCUGCCAGGAGAUAGACCUGAGGAGCUAACUGCAACCUUCCAAAGCUUCACAGGCUCCCCUGGGCACUUUUUUCAUAUAGGGAUAGGCUUGAGACUGAGUAGUCUUAACAGUAUGUCCUAACAACCAAAGCAUUAAGGAUACAAAGGCUUUUCCAAAGGCCACUAUGGAUGAAGGACAGCUUGUCCACCUUGGCUCAGUCCCUGGCUAGAUGCAUUGCUUUCACAAAGCCUUUCCUCAGCCUUCCCCACUGUCUGGUCAGUCAAGCUGCAGCCUAUUCUUCCUCUGCCUUCCUCUACAAAAGAGUAGACUAAAGGAAGAUCAUACAUACUCAACAUACCAAUCCCUCAUAUGGCCUCUUAUGGGGUGGAGGUGUCUUGUCUCCCUGCAAGGCUGCUCCUCUGCUGGCCACCCCAUUCCCAGGACCAGCAAGGCUUGGUGCUGGUGGUGCCCUACCAGAGACUGGGUUCAUCCUUCCUCCAGCCGUAUGUCUGACUCUGGUCCUGCAGAAUGACAACUGUGGGACUGGGACACAGCAGAAGAGGUAUGUGGAGUUGUGUGUACUUCAGUGAUGCUGUGGUAGGAAGGAAGAUGUUUUGGUUUUGUUUAUCUGCUUGGGGGUAAGAAGCUUGCUAAAGGAUUAAACAGAUGCAGGGGUGUGUGCGGAUAAUUUCUGCACAGAGCACACACAGCAUUAGCCAGCACAGUCUGAGCUGUAAGGAUUGUGUUUCUUCUGGAUUUGCCAUGUGCCCCAUCCACUCUCAUGACGGGGACAUACUCUGGAUCAUAGGUGACUGAAGGAUAUCAUGUCCUUGCUAGAAGGACCUCUAGUACCUGCUGCAGGAGCAGGUGGCACUGAGACUUUCUGCAGUCACCAUGUGGACUAGCAGAACCAACUGGGGAGCCUGCAAAGAACAGAACUGGUCUGGGAACUUGCCUAGUUCAUCCUAUGGGCUAAGAGUUUCUCUUCACUGGUGAGAUGUGAGCAUGGGAAACCUGCUGAGAUGCCCUCCAGGUACAAGCCCCUGUGCUGGGAGUGCAGGGCCUGACUUCCCCAUGCCAGUCUGAUGCAAAGACCAGGUCAGUGGUUGAAUUUCAUAUCUUGGGAGUCCUGGCACUGAACUGAAGUAACUGUGAUGGUCGGUGGAGGUUCCAGGAUAGUGCAGCAGGCUCCCCUUUGCUGGACCAGACCAGGAGCCUUUGCCUCUUCCUUCUGUUGUCCACUUGCUGUGCAGGUGGCUGAUGGCGUGGACCUGGCCAUGCUGUUCCCCAUGGGCCAUGAGUUCCUACAUUCUCUGUUGUUUGUUUGCUUUUAUAAAUGCUAUUUGGGAAUAAAUUCUAGUGGGUCUUUUCUACAUCAGCCCUGGCUGCUGUGUUUUAAUCAUCCUGGGUCUGCUGAGUGGUGCUGCCGAAAUGUCAUGUUUCCAAGCAGAGGCACCAAACACAACUAAAUGAACAGCUUUGUGCUCUAUCAGCCUGGCAUAAUAAACCUUUAAUUAAAGUAACUUACAGAAGAGUAUUACCCAUGA